AUGUCCGCUAACCGCGCGAUAUGUCCUCCGAAUCCAAUUCAGACGAAAGAUACUAAAACCCACUUCAAUUCCGAUCGAAUUCUCCUCUGUCAAUCGUCAUUUCGUUGUUCUAAUAACGAUAAUUUGGAAGCGGAAGAAGAAGAAGUAGCGAGAAAUGCGGUGAGAGAGUAUCUUGAAGAGUAUGGAGCUUCGAGGGAGAAGUCUGUGAAGAUUUCAUCGAGCUGUCCCAAGUAUUUGGAAAUGUUGAUUGAUAGUGUACGCGAUUUGGACGAGUGGAAUUCGUGGACUGCCGACUCUGGUGAAAUUAUCUCCAGCGAUUUUGAUUCUUGUGCUACACCUAAACUAGAGUCGUUUAAGAAGAAGGUUUACGAGAUGGCAAAGGGAAAAGGGGAUGAGGGCAUUCUUCCCUUUUUGGAGAGUCUUGGCCUCACUCUGUCUUCUGCAACUUACUUAGCUGGCUACCUGUCUUCUCACUCCCAAACGCUACCUCUCCUCAUUCACAAGGUUAAGUAUGUCAAGGAAAUAUUCUUUUCUGACAGUGAUGAUGAAGGGCUCAUCGGAAAAAAUGCCCGAAGGAUGAUGAUGCACCUCUCCGUUUCUGCUGACGAGGAUCUGCAACAAACUUUAUCAUUUUUUGAGAAGAUUCAAGCAAGGCGUGGAGGUUUGGAUCUUCUGGGUUGUGAAAAUGCCUCUUUCCGAUAUCUUAUUGAGUCAUUUCCACGCAUUCUGUUGCUACCUGUAGAAUCUCACAUGAAGCCCGUGAUGAAUUUUUUAGAAGAUAUUGGAGUCCCUAGAGGAUGCGCUAAGAAUGUCCUCCUCUUAUUCCCUCCCAUUCUAUUCUAUAACAUUGACAAGGACAUCAAACCGAGACUACUAGCUUUUGAGAAGGUGGGUGUACAGGAUAAUGGUUCUGGCAAGAUGCUGAUCAAGUAUCCUUGGAUUCUUUCCUCGAGCAUUCUGGAAAACUAUCAGAAAGUCCUUUGUCUCUUUGAUGAAGAGAAGGUGCCAAAAGCUUGUUCUUCCCGUGCCAUUAAAAACUGGCCUCAUAUUUUGGGCUGUUCAAAUAACAAUCUGAAGAUGAUGGUGGAUCAGAUUGGUGAACUGGGUAUUAGAAGCAACAAGUUAGGUAAAGUUAUUGUUACAAGUCCUCAGCUCCUACACUGCAGACCUCCAGAAUUCCUCCAGGUGGUAUCCUUCUUGAAAGAUUUAGGACUCGUGGAGGAAGACAUUAGUAGGAUACUUUAUCGCUGUCCUGAAAUAUUUGCCACCAGCAUUGACAGAACUCUAAUGAAGAAACUUGAAUUCCUUUCUGCCAUUGGUGUUUCCAGAACUCAUCUCCCAAGGGUUAUCAGAAAAUAUCCAGAGCUUUUUGUCUGUGAUGUCAACAGAGCAUUACUUCCAAGAAUGAAGUACCUUAUGAAGAUUGGACUGUCAAGGAGGGACAUAGGAUUCAUGGUUCGCAGGUUCUCACCGUUGCUAGGUUACAGUAUCGAGGAAGUUUUGAGACCAAAGUUUGAAUUCCUAACACAAACCAUGAAAAAGCCAUUAAGCGAGGUCAUUGACUACCCAAGAUACUUCAGCUACUCACUUGAGAAGAAGAUCAAGCCCAGAUUUUGGCUUCUGAAGAGUAUAAAUAUGGAAUGUAGUUUGAAGGAGAUGCUAGGUAAGAAUGAUGAGGAAUUUGCAGCUGACUAUAUGGGUGUAGAACAGAUGGUCGUUCCCCCUUCUUGA